AUGUCAACAGACGAGGCCUGCCUGGAGGUUGGCAACACCGACCGAUAUCUUUGCGUGGCCGCUGCCAACGCCUUGGUUGAGUUUUUGGAGAUGAAUUACAACCGCACGCUUCUUCCGCACACUGUGCGUGUGCAGUACUUGGCGCUCGAAAAUUACGUGGAGGUUUCACCAAUUGCUGCGCGAGGCCUGCACCUCAUCUCCUCUGGCCCGCCACCUCGAGCCCAGUCGGGUGGUCAGCGACAAGACGAUGCCGUGGGAUGCGGCCACAAGAAACUUCCCACUCGCAAGACACUCUUCCGUGGACCACGAGAGCGGCGACAGAGCGCACCGAUGCUGUCGCUUGUGGAUGUGUUGAACCGCGCAAUGACAAUUGUGGGUGGACGGCUGCUGCGCUCCACCAUUCUGCAGCCUCUGCGCGACCCCACAAGCAUUGAGCUUCGCUAUGACUGCGUCGAAUGGCUGCGGCAAGAGGAAGAGACACUCAAGGCGCUGCGGCGCUCACUGCAAUUGCUUGGAAAUAACGACAUUGAACGCGCCAUCUCUAAUUUUUCUCAUGAGCCAAAGGUACAGACAUUGAAGACCAUGCAGCAGCGAAUUGAGGCCGUUGUGGCGUUGUGGCAGCUUCUGGGCUCCGCCACACAACUUACGACCACGUUACGCAAUUGCUUGCGCGAGGACGAAGGUGCCCUGAAGGAUCGCGAGCACGACGGCCCUCGCAGCCAUGACCGCUGCCUCAGUAGCGACAGCGGCAAGUAUGAUGUAAAUGAAGGCGAUGCUUAUUGUUCUUUUCGUGAUGAACAACCGUGUCCCAAGAGGCGGAGAUUGGAAGAGACAUGCCAAAGCCCUCAAGGCGCUUCUCCAGCACAUAAUCACGGCGUGGCCGCAGAAGCACCGGCAGUUGCUCUGAGGACCCGUCGCGGCACGACUACGCUUCUCUGCAAAAUCAUUGAGACUCUGACAGAGUGUCGCAUGGAGGAAAUCUGCGCCGAGAUCGCGCUACACCUGGACGAAGGCGUAUUGCGCGCCACCAGCGGCGUGGGGCCACAAGUCGGUGACAGAGUGACGCAGCGAGCAUGUCGACCCAGCAGUGCCAUCUCUCAGGUACAGCACUGCUUUGCCGUCAAGCCCAACAUCAGCGGUACUCUGGAUAUAGCCCGUCAGCAAUACAGCCAGGCCAUUGAGGCAAUUUUUGCUCUCGCAGAGGAGCUAAAGCAAAGGUACAGUGUUUGGUCCCUGCAUGUCGUCUAUGAUGGUGUGCGUGGCUACCGUUUUUCGUACGACGCUCGACAUGAGCGUAAUGCACCUGAUGCUGUCUUUCUGCGGAAAUACUCUGGCGGAAGUCACGACUCACUUUAUCACAGUAGCCGCAUGACGAUGGUGGGGGAAGAGGAGAAACAAACGAAUACCAUGGAAAAGAACGGUGGUGGUUGUGGUGACGGGUAUGGUGUUGGCAGGGCACGCGCCGUGGCCACCGGCGGCGUCUCUCCUCUGCGUGACGAAUACUCUUCUACGUGUCAGGAGCGUUUUCGGCCAACUUAUUCCCACGACGCUGCGACCCUGACGCCUGGGGAACAGAGUGGGAACAACGGUGAGCACCAACUCACAAAACACCAGGUGCGCGGCAGGCGGGUGACGUGCACGACCAAUGGGCUGCUGGUCCUUUGCCGUAAUGCGGAAGACGCGGUGGCAGAGAUUUUUUACACCCAAGAUGGUCACGUACGAUUCCUGAUUGAAUAUCUUCGGCAGCGCCUUGGGAAGCUGCAGGCGGUGUGUGACGCUGUUGCCUUGUUGGACAUGCUGACGGCCUUCGCCGUGUACUCUCGGCGCAACGGUUGUGUCCGACCGAAGUUAUUGAAACCAGAGAGGCUUUUGGUGAGCGGCGGGGGCACUUAUUUCUUGGAGGCCCGUCACAUUGGCGGCCUGGCGACAGCAAACAGCAUCCAAUGGGGCGACGAUGCCAGAGUCCUUCUUGUCACAGGGCCCAAUGCUGCUGGGAAAACGACCAUUUUGCGACAAGUUGGUCAGCUUUUUGCCCUCGCACAAAUUGGGUGUCUUGUUCCAGCCAAGGCUGCUGCGGUGUGUCCUUGUGACAGAAUUAUUGCCCACAUGCUUUGUGACGAUCUUGAAGAUACGACCACCUCUUCCUUCGGGAAGGAGAUGCGAGAACUCUCGUACUUAUGUCCGCACGCCACGCAAGAGAGUGUGGUACUGGUGGAUGAACUUGGAAGACGCACAUCUGCGCGUGAGGGAGCCGCGAUUGCGUGGGCGACGGUGGAGUUUCUUGUAGAGACACGAUGCCGCAGUGUCUUUGUGACGCGCUUCGGGCCUUUGACGCGUCUUGAAAACCGUUCCGCGGGUGCGGUGAAGAAAUACCAUCUUGCAGUGGGCACCGAGAGCGACGAGGAGGGUGGUGCGCUGGGGGAUGCAACAAAAACUUCUGGUCGCCCGGCGUGUACUCCCCGCUUCGAGCACCGACUAAUUCCCGGCCCCUCACAGGUUGAUCACUAUGGGCUGCGUCUCGCGGAACGUGUUGGCUUUUUUAAGCCAGCACUCGACCUCGCCAAGGAGCUGCUGCCUCUGAUGGAGGGGGUCAGGGGAGCACAGCAAGUCGGCAACACUGACCAUGACGCCGCCGCUCCAGAAGCAGAAGAGGUUGGCCGUGACGAGCGUGUGGAAGUGUUGUCUGAUGUGCGCAACCGUGGUGAGCCGGGAGAGAUUGGUGAUGCUCAUGGCAACGCUUCCCAACCAACCGAGGUGAGUGCACGGCUUGCUGGUGCCAAUGAUCUUUCCAGCAUUACUGCGGUGAGCGAUGAGUCGGACACCACCGAAACCAUGCGGAAUUUUUAUCUGAACCAAUAA